AUGGAUUCAAUCGCUAGUGGAGACUUUCUGCCCAACAAUAUACUUGUUGAGAAUGGCAAUUUGAAGGUCGUUGACUUUGCUAACGCCGCUCUACAUGCUUGGGAUGCUGAUAUGGAAGAGAUCUGUGCGAAAGAUCCAUUGUCACGAGUUGAUAUACUCAGCCUCGGGUGUAUCAUUUAUUCUAUCGCAGCAUGGCGGGUCUUCUACUAUGACUAUUUUGAACACGAUCGCUGGCCGGAGCCAGAGCAUCUCCCAGCGACAAAUGACCUGCUCUGCGAGGAUAUCAUCAACAAAUGCUGGAAGGACAGCUAUGACACUGUAAAAUCGUUGUACGAAGACUUCAAUGCCUUUUCUGACAUGGAGCGGUGA